UGUCACAGCCCUCUAGGUUUCAGAUGAUGAUUGGAGAAAGCAAACAUCAUUACUCCUUGUGACUAUCUCAACUAUAAAUGUAAUAUUUCUAGUUGGAGAAGGAGAACUAAGCUGACUGUAAAGGCUACUGAGAGAGGAGAUAGAAGCCAUGCGAGAGGAGGUCAACAAGACACAAACACCAUCCAUUAAACCACACUUUGUGCUGGUGCAUGGCAUAAGUGGAGGAGCUUGGUGCUGGUACAAAAUCAGAAGCCUCAUGGAGAAUUCUGGUUACAAAGUUUCAUGUAUUGACCUCAAAAGUGCAGGAAUUGAUCCUUCUGAUGCUAAUUCUAUUCAUUCUUUUGAUGAUUACAAUAAACCUCUCAUCGACUUCAUGUCUGCCUUGCCUGAAGAUGAACAGGUAAUUCUGGUGGGACACAGUGCCGGAGGCUUAAGUGUAACACAGGUCAGUCACAAGUUCGGAAAGAAAAUCCGGUUGGCUGUGUAUGUGGCAGCCACCAUGCUGAAACUCGGAUUCUGGACGGAUCAAGAUGCCAAAGAUGGAUUCCCUGAUUUAUCCGGAUUUGGUGAUGUUUACGAGCUGGGAUUUGGGUUGGGAGGUGAUCAACCUCCAACUAGUGCAAUUGUGAAGAAAGAAUUCCAGAGAAAAAUCAUCUAUCAGAUGAGUCCUCUCGAGGAUUCCACUCUAGCUGCCAUGCUUUUGAAGCCAGGGCCUAUUCUGGCAUUACAAUCUGCCAGGUUCAGCCAAGAAAAUGAGAAUGUGGAGAGUGUGCCUCGUGUUUACCUCAAAACACUAAAUGAUAAUGUUGUGAAACCAGAGCAACAAGAUGCUAUGAUUAAGAGAUGGCCGCCGUCAGAUGUCUAUGUUUUGGAGAGUGACCACAGCCCUUUUUUCUCCGCCCCAUUUCUGCUCUUCGGCCUGCUUAUCAAAGCUGCUGUUUCAUUUGGAUAUUGUAUCUAGCUUUUCUUAUGAUAAAAAUUAAUGUAUGUCCAUUUAAUAAUCAGAUUGAUUUGAUUUUUGUU